AUACAAUUUUCAUAGACAAAAUUUUGCAAAAAUGGCAAUUCAAGGAACUGCUUUUCUCAUUGUAGGCCUUGUCAUUAGCAGCUGCUUCUUCUCUAUGGCUUUCGCAGUCUCUGGCACUGCCACUUACUACACAGAUUAUUCUACAAAUGCAUGCUACAACAAUGUAGACCAAGGGAAGAUCAUUGCAGCGGCGAGCGAUGACGUGUGGGACGGCGGAGCUGCCUGUGGAAGAAUGUACAGUGUAACAUGCACCGGAGCUACAAACCAGGGCGUGCCUCAGCCUUGCACAGGUGCAAGUGUUACUGUCAAGAUUGUUGAUUAUUGUCCAGCUGGGUGUCAAGGAACCCUAGAUCUUUCCCAAGAAGCCUUCUCUCAAAUUGCUGAUGUUAACGCUGGAAAAAUCUACAUCGAUUACACUCAGGUGUAAAUUGAGCUCCUGAUAUAUAUACCAGAGAUGAUAAUAUAUUGAUAAUAAAACUGGAAUGGGAGGGCUUGACUUGGAAAAAAGGAAGCUUAUUCCUUUUAAAUAAAUAAUUUGUAUUGGAAUAUCAUUGUAUGAAUAUUUCUACCUGUCUUUCUUCUGUAUCUGAA